GCCGUAACUAACAAUUUUCUCCUUCACCCCUUCCUCUUUUUCCACCCACAUAUUAUAAUAUAUAUUAUAUAUAUAUAUGACCUUAAGCUUAAAGCACAUCCCCCUAUUUCACUUUCCCAAUUCCCCAAUUGGAUCAUGUCUAGAGAUCUACAAUCCCGGCGAGCUCUUUCAGAAAUCCAAUUACCCAAUAUUAUUUCACAAAAUGAAAACAUCUCAAGAGAUCAUGAGCCAGAAAGAUGUACUACUACUACUAAUAAGGAACAAGCUGCAGAAAUCCGAACCCCUGGAUCUCCUCAGAAUUUGAUCCCCAAAAUCCUCAGCUGUCCACCGGCACCUAAGAAGCCUAAAAGGGGCAUCUCAUGUAAGAGGAAAUUACUUGGCGAUUUGGAGUUUUACGAUGUUGCGGCAAGAGAGGAAGUAGAUUCCUUCUUCAGCUCUGUUGAUGAGAAUUCAAAAUCAUGUGGGGGUAACAGGAAGAGAAGGUGUAUUCUGUAAAUUCAAUAUGAAUUAAUGCUACCCUGAGUCCUAAUCGGCCGGCCAAAAUAAAACAAAGUUAUAAUAUUCCACGAUCGAAUCGAUCACUACUCCUGAGUCCUGAUGUAUGUAUCUAUUACACAUAUAUUCUUUUCCUUCCUUUUUUUUCAAUAUCAUGUGAAUUAAUUACUUCAUAUUAUUAUUCGAUCUGAAUUUUGAACUUUGUUCUCGAUCAA